AUGGCUAAACGUUCUCGAACAUCAUCGCUCAAUGGGCCUGGACCAGAAAGUCGGUCAAGACCGUUGUCCCCAGAGUCGUUGGCGUCAAUUCCCUCCAAGAUACAUCUUCCAGACUCAUCGUCAAUACCUACCGUUGGAGAAGUGAUGCGCUGCUCCCUUCCGCCUCAUAGAGAGACCCUUUCUUUCUCUUCGUACGAUGACUACGAAGUACACUACCAGCAAGCCCAUGUCAACAGAUGUACCGAAUGCGCGAGAAACUUCCCCACAGACCGGUUCUUGAACUUGCACAUUGAGGAGAACCAUGACCCAUUGAUAGCUGCGAGGAGAGAACGGGGCGAGAAAACCUAUGGAUGCUUUGUCGAAAACUGCGAGCGAAAAUGCUCUACACCGCAAAAGCGCAGAAUGCAUCUCAUAGAUAAGCAUAUGUUUCCCAAGAGCUAUAACUUCUACAUCGUGAAUGACGGCAUCGACAGACAAACGUCUAUGCUGCGGUCGAUGCAAACCCAUCGGCGUCGGCUAUCUAGUACGCCAAACUCGCCCCAAGAAGGCCGGCUGCGACAUCGACAAACAUCAAUCUCGGCUCCAAGCUCUCAUCUCAACGCCCCGUCUGAACCGGAACCUGGGCUUCCGGAGACAGAGAUAGCAGAGCUCGAAAGGUCCAUGUCUGCGCUGCGUUUUAUCCCUACUAGUGUAGUUCACAAAGGAAGAGUUGGUCAUAGGACUUAA